UCUCUGUCUCUCACUCUCUCUCACUCUCACACACACACACACACACUUAUACACAGGUUGGGAGAGUAGCUGCUCUUUCUCUCCUCUCUCUCUCUCAGUCUGUGUCCCGCUGUUCGUUCUGCAGUUAUGGAGGAUUAUCAUAAACCGGAUCAGGCCACGGUGCAGGCGCUCCGCAACAUCGCCCAGCGCCUCCGCAUCAACUCCAUCAGGGCCACCACUGCAGCCGGCAGCGGGCAUCCCACAUCAUGCUGCAGCGUGGCCGAGAUCAUGUCUGUCCUCUUCUUUCACACCAUGAAGUACCGACCAGACGACCCCAAAAACCCCAACAAUGACCGCUUCGUCCUGUCCAAGGGUCACGCUGCCCCGGCUCUGUACUCGAUGUGGACAGAGACCGGCUUCCUGAAGGAGAGUGACCUGGUCAGUAUGUGCCAGGUAGACUCCGCCCUGGAGGGCCACCCCACACCUAAGCAGCAGUUUGUGGAUGUGGCCACUGGGUCUCUGGGUCAGGGACUGGGCGUGGCCUGUGGAAUGGCCUACAGUGGGAAAUACUUCGAUAAGGCCAGUUACCGUGUGUACUGUCUGCUGGGUGAUGGGGAGAUGUCUGAGGGCUCUGUGUGGGAGGCCAUGGCCUUUGCCUCCUACUAUCAGCUGGACAACCUGGUGGCCAUCCUGGACAUUAACCGUCUGGGCCAGAGCGAUCCGGCGCCCCUGCAGCACCACAUGGAGAAGUACCAGAGACGCUGUGAGGCCUUCGGAUGGCAUGCGAUUAUUGUUGAUGGACACAGUAUUGAGGAGUUGUGUAAGGCCUUGACUCAGCCUCGCCACCAGCCCACCGCCAUCAUCGCCAAGACCAUCAAGGGAAAAGGCAUUCCGGUGGCGGAGGAUAAGAUGGGAUGGCACGCGAAGGUUCUGCCGAAGGACAUGGCGGAAGGUGUGAUCAGAGACCUGCAGAGCCGCAUCCUCAACAGCAACAAGCGCAUGUACCCGGCCACGCCCACCGAGGAUGCCCCGCCCGUCAGCCUGCGCAACGCCCGCAUGCCCAGUGCUCCCAGCUACAAACCAGGAGAGAAGGUUUCCACCCGUAAAGCGUACGGGAUGGCUCUGGCCAAGCUGGGGCGCUAUAACGAGCGCGUGGUAGCCAUGGACGUGGACACCAAAAACCUAACCUACUCAGAGAUCUUUAAGAACGAACACCCGAACCGCUUCGUGGAGUGCUACAGCGCAGAGCAGAACAUGGUGAGCGUAGCUACCGGCUGUGCCGCCCGUGAGAGGAACAUCGUGUUCGCCAGCGGACUCGCCACCUUCUUCACCCGCGCCUACGACCAGAUCCGCAUGGCCACCAUCUCCGAGAGCAACAUCAACCUGUGCGGCUCUCACUGCGGCCUGUCAAUAGCUGAAGAUGGACCCGCCCACAUGGGUCUGGAGGACAUGUCUAUGUUCAGGACUCUUCCCACUGCUACUGUUUUCUACCCCAGUGACGGCGUUUCCACUGAGAAAGCUGUAGAGCUGGCGGCUAACACCAAGGGAAUUUGUUACAUCCGGACCAGCCGCCCUGAGAGCUCCAUCAUCUACAACAGCAAUGAGGACUUCCAUGUUGGACAGGCCAAGGUGGUGUGUCAGAGUAAGGAUGAUCAGGUGACGGUGGUGGGCGCUGGAGUGACCCUGCAUGAAGCUCUCGCUGCAGCCGAACAGCUAAAGAAAGAGAGGAUCUACAUUCGCGUGAUCGACCCUUUCACCAUCAAACCCCUCGACACCAAGACCAUCAUGGAUCACACUCGCAGCACCAAGGGCCGCAUCCUGACUGUAGAGGACCACUACUACGAAGGUGGUCUCGGGGAGGCCGUGAGUUCUGCCCUAGUGAACGAGUCCGGCUUCGUCCUGCAGCGUCUCGCCGUCCCCCAUGUCCCCCGCAGCGGCAAAAUGUCCGAUCUGCUCAAGAUCUACGGCAUCGACCGGGAAUCCAUUGUCCAGGCCGUCAGGAAGAUGGUCAGCAGCUCGGCCAAUGCCAAGUAGACCCACCACCUGAAGCCCCGCCCACCUCACCCAAACCAGCCAGUCAGAAGCCAAAUCCACUAAGACAGUCGCUGUGUCCAAAAUGGUACCCUAAUCACUUUUUUUUAUACAGGCGAAAAAUCAAGAGCACUAAAAGGAAGGUGUGAAGGUUUUGAGACAGAAACCAAAAUAGUGCACUAUUUAGGGAACAGGUUGCAAUUUGAGACAAAGCCCAAAAUAGUGUGCUGAACAGCAAAUAGGGUCUCAUUUGAGACACAGCCCAAAAUAACACACUAUAUAUAUAUAUUAGAACAGGGUGUAAUCUGAGAUUAAGAUUGUAAUUUAAAACAUUAAUAAGCACAUAAAUAGAAAGAACAACAGUGAAAAUAACUUUUUAACAUAUCAGUUCAGUCAUUUAAUAUGUUAUUAUAGUUAAAUAAAUAAAGUUUUUAACAGAAAUGUUAAGAAUGACUGAUGGAAAAGACAAAGUAAGAUAAGCAUCUACUUUAACAGUAAUAUCUGAAGUUUAACAGUAUAAAUGAACAUGGAAUUACUAUUUGGUAAACGACAGGCAAUUUUAACUGCUUAUUAAUGGUUUAUAACCUAAUAAAUAACCAAUAAUAAGCUCCUUUAUGAAGGGUUUAUAAAUAGUUUAUAAAUGAGUUUUUAUUUUAAAGUGGUACCAAAAAAUAAGUACAAUAUAAAGGAACGAGGCAUACCUAUAAAUGUUGCACUUUACAAUAUUAAAGUGUAAUUUGAGACAAUUACAAGUGUAAUUUGCGACAUAGUCCAACACCGUGCACUAAAUAGUGCACUGUGUGCAAUUUGAAGAAUAUAGCAGCAAUUUUUGAAUAACCUAAAGUAGUGCACUACAUAGUGAAUAGGAUAUUGUUUUGGUAUACAGCCCAUGUCACUUUAGUCCUUAUAUGAAGUUUUAGCCCCUCCCACUCGUUCACUGUGACCGCCCACUGUGUGAGUACUGUAGUAAAGUGAAGUAUGUGAUGCACGUUUUUAAAACCACACUGUCACACUGUUCUGUUUUACACACACACACACACACACACACACACACACACACACACAGAAAUCUGCUUCUGCGUCAGGGUUGGGAGUCACUGCCUGUUUGUGGUCGGAGUUAAAGAAGAAGUUGUGAAAAUGUUUGAAGUGAUGUUUUGUGACUUUUUAAUCAAACGAAUUCUUAACAAUUGUUUUACAUUUUAACAGUUUUUAAAAACGUUUCUAUGAUGUCGGUCUAAAAAGGGGCGGGGCUUGUUUCUGCGGUCACGGGUUUGUGUACUGUAUGUGUUGUUAUGGCAACCGUGUCUGAAAGUGUUGUGAUGAAGUUGUAGAGUGUAGACGAAAAAAAAAAAAAGAAACGGCACAAAAUAAAGCAAACGACCAAACGGAGAUGUACGCCGGGUGGAGCGAUGAAGUCCAGCGGAGAAGAAAGACCCUUACAUUACAUUACAUCACAUUACAUUACUGUGCACUACAAUACAUUACACUACAUUAAAUUAUACAACAGUACAUUACUUCUUAAUACAUCACUUUACAUUACAUUACAUUACACUACAUAACAUUACAUUACACUACAAUACAUUACACUACAUUAAAUUAUACAACAGUACAUUACUUCUUAAUACAUCACUUUACAUUACAUUACAUUACACUACAUAACAUUACAUUACACUACACUACAUAACAUUGCAUUACACUACAUUACAUUACAUUACAUUACAUUACACUACAAUACAUUACACUACAUUACAUUACAUCACAUUACAUUACACUACAUUACACUACACUACAAUACAUUACACUAUAUUACAUUACAUUAUAUAACAUAACAUUGCAUUACAUUACACUACAUUACAUUACACUACAAUACAUUACCUCUUAAUACAUCACAUUACAUUACACUAUAUUACACUUCACUACAUUACACUACACUACAUUACAUCACAUUACAUUACAUCAUAUAUCUUUUACUUCAUUACAUUACAUCAGUUUACAUUAGAUUACAUUACCAGCACAUCACAAUACACCACAUUACACUAUAUUUCAGGACCUAAGUUAAGUAAAUAAAAUUAAUUUUAGAAGUUUGUUUUCACCUCUCUGUGCUCACCAUGCUGAACCUGAGAUAAGUUAAUAAGUUUAAGACUUUUUGAGAUUUGAAAUUAGAUUUGGAAGUUUUAGGUCUGAAUUGAAAGUAUAUGUAAUUUCCUCAGGGCAGCAAUACGUCUAAAUAAAGGAGAUAUCUUCAUUUUUAUCAUUAGAGACAAACAAAUCAGUUUGACCCAGAACAUAACAGGAGGGUUAAUGAGAACACUCCUUUAACCCCCCUCCACACACACACACACACACACACACACAUAGAGCAAACAGCAGCCCUGAUCAUAAAUGCUCAGUGAAAUACAGGAGUGUACUGUUUGUGCCCACCAGCCUGUCAACCUGUAAAACCUCUAAACGCACACACACACACACACACACACACACACACACACACACACACACACACACACACACACACACACACCCUUUCUUACUUUUCUAUGUACCUUUAUUCUGCUCAUUAAAGCCCUCUGCAUUGAGUUUGAGAGAU